GAUGAGGGCAUGUUAGUAAAAUGACAAGUAGAGUUCUCUCUCUCUCUCCCUCUCCCUCUCCCUCUCUUCUUUUUCCUUUCUGCUUCUUCUCGUCGUUCGUCAUUCUGACACUCAUCUUUCUUCUCCCUGCUUGCCUUGCCUGCCUGCCUUAAGAUCUCUUUCUCAAUCAAUAUAUCCAUUUGCCUGUUUCUUCUACAAGCUCAGAAAGACAGAAGAAGCUUUCAUCUUCUUUUUUUUGUUGAAGAAUGGAGAAUGGUGGGCAGUAUGCAAAUGGGUCUGAUUACUUAAAAGGAGCAAACUCUAUGUGGAAUAUGCUACCUCACCAUCAGAUCAAAGAGCAACACAAUGCCUUGGUCAUGAACAAAAAGAUCAUGUCCAUCCUCGCCGAAAGAGACGCCGCUGUUCACGAACGCAACCAAGCUGUCUCCGCCAAAUUGGAAGCCGUCGCAGCUCGAGACCAAGCCCUUCAGCAACGGGACAAAGCCCUUGCCGAAAGAGAUAAAGCUUUGAUCGAGAGGGACAAUGCUCUUGCUGCCCUUCAGCACCAUGAAAACAGUCUCAACUUUGCUAUGUCCGGUGGUGGUAAGCGCUAUCAAGGGGAUGGUGAUAAUGAUGAUGGUUUCACUCUUGAUGAUGUCUGCCCUACUACUACUACUACAUCAACUAACACGACCAAGGCAAUCAAAAGGAAAAAAGGAAAGAAAGUGGGUGAAGAUCUGAACCUUCUGGUUGCUUCUCCUGGAAAGAAAUGUAAAAAAGAUUGGGACACUAACCAUUUCGGUUUAAACUUGGUCACCUUUGAUGAGAAGACUAUGCCCGUGCCGGUUUGCACGUGCACAGGCUCUGCGCAUCAGUGUUACAAAUGGGGGAACGGUGGUUGGCAAUCGUCUUGCUGCACGACCACCUUGUCGCAGUAUCCGUUACCACAGAUGCCAAACAAGAGGCAUUCUCGGGUGGGCGGUAGGAAAAUGAGCGGGAAUGUUUUCUCCAGAUUACUAAGCCAUUUAGCAGCAGAAGGAUAUGAUCUCUCGUCUCAUGUUGACCUAAAAGACUAUUGGGCUAGGCACGGGACCAACCGCUACAUCACUAUCAAGUAACUAGCCUCAACGGUCUGCAGCUCUUAGUUCUUAUUAUUAAGUUUAGGUGGUCUUUGUUUUUGUGUAUGGUAAAAAACAAAUAUGUUUAAAAAAUAUGUUUAGAAUCUGUUUCGGUUUUAAAAACAAA